AUGUUGGUCCAACAAUGUUCAAAAACCGACAUGGUAAACAGUUUUAGUUUUGUAUCAGGACAUCCUUUGCAGGAUGUUAUUGGAACCGUCAAUGAAGCAAAUAUACUGUCAUCUUCAAUCAAAAUCACACCAUACGCAGCUUUCUUUCGAAAAAGUGAAGAGGUUAAGGACCAAACCCAAAAGGAAGGGAUUAAAGAAUUGGCAGACCUGGCGAUUUCAAUGAUUUCAACUCUAAGCCCGACCUUUGAGUCUUGGAAAGAUUGGCUCAAGCGUAAUGAAGAGAUAGUGAACAUCUUUAUAAAAUCAGCCUCUUUCAAUCAUGAAAUGGGGUGUGAUGAAAUAGAAAGGACUUGGAUUGUUGGAAUUUUAUGUGCAAUUUCCAAGUAUUCGCCAGCAGAUGUGGAACAAAUGUCAGGAGAACAAAAGAUAAACAGGAUCUCUUGGAGUAAUCAAGUGCUUCUAGAGAUAAAAGCUACGAUAGCCUAUGAACCAUUUAUGACGAAACGAUUCGAGGCACUUUGGCUUGGAGAACAGAUUUCAGCAAAUGAGAUCAGCAAAGACUUGGAAGAGCUCCUUGAACGGGCCAGAGUGUUUGGUACGUUUGACAUGGUGAAGGAAGAAGGGGUUCGGCUUCAAGGGUACAGAACCUACAACCUGAUAUCAAAACAUCUCCUGCAAAACAAACUACCUGAGGAUGGGCAUGAAAUGUUAGAGCUUGUUAACGAUUUCAGACGUUUAUUUAAGAAACAUCCAAUUUCUGUGUGGGAAAAAGGAUAUUGUGAAGCACUUUUUCAACAUGUACUGAAUCAUUCAGUUCAAAGUGGAAAGAUAAUCAGAAUUUUGUUUCAAGAUUAUGGGCUCUUCAGGAAGGAACAUUUCGAUUUGGCAAAGCAAUACAUGUUGUGUUAUUUGGCAAAAGAGUCCAAUUUUCAUACCAAAAACCAGCAUCUGAAGGCAAGAUAUCUGGAGGACAUUCGGGGUUGGACAGCGCAAGCAACCGCAGAAUCAUCCCCCCCAGCAGCCUGUCAUCUUUUGGAGUUUUUUUUCAAAAACCUAGAUUCUAGAAAAGAAGAUUAUCUUGAUCAUCAUAAGUUCAUAGCUGCCUUUUUCAUUGUGUUUCCUACUCAGGAGAAGUUUUUCAACGACGCGAUUGAAAGGGGAUAUCGUACUGUACGCCAUAAAGUUGAUAGCUUGAUAGAUAUGUGGUCCAAAGUGUACCCAGAUGGUGUUAUACCAGAGCCUACAUUGGAUGUGCUAAUUUUUAUCCUGUCUCACAAACAUCCAGAUUCUACUUGGCUUGAGAAGGUUAUCCUCCACCAGAUAGUCAACAAGCUAAAGAUAUCACUGGGAUCAGGAAUUGUAGACCUUGCCCGCGUGCUUGAAGACAAAAACUGGUCACUUACAGCUAUAGGUGAUGAAGCGUUGUUCAAAUAUAACAAAGUCAUUCAGCAUAUACAAGGGGCUGGUGAUAUUACUUCAGCUGAGGCGGUUUAUGAACUGAUUCUUAGAAUGAUGUACCACUCGAUAAGGUUCAAGAUUGGAUGUGCCAAUGCGCACGUGGGAAAGAGACGUCUUUCACAAGGCAUCAGAGAAAUCAUCCUGAAAGCCGUAGAGCAUUACAGGAGAAUGAGGAUUGUUCUUCCUCCUGUAGACAGAGAUAUACCUAUUUCACCUCCCGGACUCAAUACCUUUGUGGAAUCAGUUAGUAAUAUUUUGGACAACCAUCAACUUGAUCAAAUUGCAGAAAAUACAAUGAUUGAACAAGUGAUUCGGCAUUUAUAA